GAUCGUUCUUCGGAUCUCAUUUCUUGAUGUGUGGCGGCCGAUUUGAUAUGGCUAAGCCAGAGGCCUUCUUGUUCGGUGAGAACAGCGAUCUGGACCUCUUAGGAGGUCGAUCUGUUCCGUUUCCUUAUGCUUCUCCUCUGGGCAGUGACGAAGUCCGACCACUUCACUUGCUUGUCAAUAUAAGAAAGGAGUCAGUAAAAUUCCAAAGAGUAAAGGACGUCGAUGGCUCUGAAGUGGAAUCUUCUCUCUACCGACUGGAAUUCACUUUAGAUGCUGACUGCUCGUGCUUCGUGCAAAUCCAUUUCAAUGCUAGAGAACUCUACCAAGACGGCACAAUCCAGUGCGCUGGAUUUGUAUACCGCAGCAAGCGAGCUUCUUGUUCGGAUAUUCAUCUCCAAAUCAAUUUCUCGUUUUUUUCCUUCAUUUUCGAGAUAAGGCGUGUUACAUGUCGCUUUCAGGUUGCCAACGAUAAUAGCCAUGCUCUGAUAUUGAAACCUCUUCGACAAAAAAUUGCUUGCGAUGGAGUGAUCUACCUGCUUCAGGAGAUAUUUGGCAUCGAAAAUAAGGAAAUGGUUACCGAUGGUAGCAACGAAGACUGUGGAUUGGAAUGCAUUAUUUGUAUGAGUGACAUCCGCGACACUGUGAUAUUACCAUGUCGUCAUCUUUGCAUUUGUAAUAACUGCGCGGACACGCUGAGAUACAAGCUCAAUAACUGCCCAAUUUGUCGAUCUCCUUUCCGUGCACUGAUACAGCUUCGUGCUCGUCGGCUGACUCGUAAUCUUGGAUACGAAACGGUAACCUUAGUGGAGGGUUUGAAUGGACCAUUAACACAUCAAUCCUAUGGGAAUGUUGAGAAGGUAAAGAGUUCAAUAAACGAGGCUAUAUUAGAGAAACGGCACUCUGGAGAUCGUAAUCGUUUCGUUAACAGAGGCAAUCAGGUUAUGGCUCGUGAAGAAACAUCUAUGUUGUCGAGCGAUUUAUCAAGAAGUCCCAGUCCGCAAUGUGACGCGACGCCAGGAGGAGCUGAUGUAGUAUAUACCACUUCUUAUUCUGAACGUUUGCAAUUUAUUGAUAGUUCUAUUUCUUAUGUACAGGUAGUAGAUUCAAUGGAAAACACUCAGUCAACAGGAACGCGUCGUUGUCUCCAGACUGGCAGCGGUCUUUCAUAA